AUGACCACCUACAUUCAUAACCUUCCCUCCCUCACAACGCGGGAAGCGAUAAUUGACGCGCUCGACCGCGCCAUCAUCGGCUUCGACCGGCACGAUGUCCCAAUUUUCAACAGCGCAUUCUCCUCGUCCCCCGACGUAAGCAUGGGAUUCCGAUACCUACCGGGCGAAGAGCCGCGCGAGUUCAAGGGUUUGGAUACCAUCCGGGCCGCUCUGCUGGACCACGUAGGGCCAAUGGACACGACGCAUAUGACGAGCAAUAUCCGGGUCAACCACAAAGAAGGCGAGGAGACUGCGUCGAUGACUUGUUAUACGCUCGCGCAGCACUGUCCGCCUGGACGUGGGAAGGAGCCUGAUGGGCCGAAGUAUCUUGCUGCGGGAGAGUAUGAGAUGGAUCUUGUAUUUGAUAAGGCGGAUGGACUGUGGAAGAUUCAGAAGUGGGUGCUUGAUAUUAUUUGGACACAGGGGGAUCACUCAGUCAUGGCGAGGUCGUGA